CGCCUCGGUCACCUCGGUCUUCAGAGCAGACGACGUUGAGCCACUGCUCGGAGCAGACGAUAUUCGGGUUCUCGAAUCGCCGUUGGCAUUCUCGGAGGCUAUAUCUAAAAAGCUAUAGAAGCGUCUCUACAAAGUCGUUUUGCAAGCUGCGAUCGAGAGCGGCCACCUGCAGAAAAAAACAACCGGACCAGCUGCGGCUAGCAGGCGACCUUUCUUCUUUCUGAAGCAGACGACGCGUCCCGAAUAAAACCACAAGAUGGCGCUGUUCCCGCUGCUGCAACGCAACCUGUUGGGCGGCUCGGAGCUGGCAAGACACCUAUUCGAUGACGACUUUGGAGGUUCCUUCCUGGACGGCGAGCUUUUUGACCCGCCGUUCUACCACCAGAGGUUCUACAUCCAACCCCGACACCAGGAGCCGGCCCUCAACAGCGUCCGUCCGUCGCAGCAGGGCGCCUCGGUCGCCUGCACUCCGGACAAGUUCGCCAUUCGCGUGGACACCCGGCACUUCGCGCCGGAAGAGAUCAGCGUCAAGACGCAGGACAACUGCGUCAUCAUCCACGGCAAACACGAAGAGAAGUCGGACGACCGCGGCUGCUACGUGAAGCGCGAGUUCACCCGCCGCUACGUCCUCCCCGAAGACGUCGACCCCCAGACCGUCAAGUGUCACCUGACCCAGGGAGGCCUCCUGGCGCUCGAAGCUCCGCGCAAGAACCCCAAGAAAGAGGAGCCCAAGACGAUCGCCAUUGACGUCAAACACGAGGGCAAGAAGGCCUAAGAAAAUGGAGAGGAAUUAGCUCUAUAUAUGUUUGGUUUUUAGUGUAAUUGCCUCUUGGAAAGACACGUUUGAGAACUCGCUCCGUGACAGACGACAUGGUCAUCUGUAGCUAUAUGUCAUUCGGUAACGCUGGAAGAAUCCGAUGGAACUGAUUAGGCUUAACAGCUCUUCCAUGGUUUAACACUUCACUUGUUCACUAGGAUUUUGGUGGUACAU